AUGGACAAAUUUCUUAAACGGAAACAUGAUUCUAGUACUGAUAGUGCAAGUACAAAUACAAGCAAUGUCAAUGAUGAUACUUUCAAUGAUGAGAAUAAAAUAAAAAAAGUUGCCGAAAUAAUUGCAAAACAGUUAAAACCAUACACCAUAGCAGAGAGUUUGAUUUUACCGGCAUGUUCAGAAAUAGUUCAAAUUAUGUUUGGCGAUGAUGCAAAAAAAGAAAUUAUGAAAAUUCCGCAUUCAGACGAUACAAUAAAAAACAGAAUUAUACACAUGUCAGAUGAUAUUGAGAAAACUAUCACUAACAAGCUUACUACUAAUAAACUAUAUUUCGCUUUGCAAAUUGACGAGUCUACUGAUAUCAGUGGUAUAGCUCACGUACUAGGAUUUGUUCGUUUCAUUGAUGAAAAUAAAAUAGUGAAUCAAUUUUUAUGCUGUAAACAACUUACUGAACGUACAACAGGACAGAAUGUUUUUGAUUCAAUUUCGUCAUAUUUAGAUAAAUUUAACAUAACAUGGGACCAAUGUGUAGGAAUCUGCACCGAUGGAGCUCCUUCAAUGGUUGGUUCUAUUAAAGGAUUUACAACAUUAGCGAAGAAAAAAAAUCCUAAUAUCAUAUCUACACAUUGUUUUUUACACCGAGAAUCACUUAUUUCGAAAACAUUACCUAUUACAUUAAAGUCUAUAUUGGAUAAAAUUGUAAGCAUGGUUAACUUCAUAAAAUCGCGUCCAUUACAAUCACGCCUAUUUAAAAAACUGUGUGAAUCAAUGGAAACUCAGCACGUAUGUUUACUUUUACAUUGUGAAGUAAGAUGGUUAUCGCGAGGUAAAGUUCUAAAUCGAAUUCUGGAACUUAAGAAUGAAUUGUUAAUGUUUUUUCAAAACGAAGAUAACACUGUUUUUAUAUCUUUUCUUACAGACGAUAUUUGGUGUGUUAAAAUGGCAUAUUUAGCUGAUAUUUUUAAUUAUUUAAAUAGCGUAAAUGCUGGUAUGCAAGUGACUAACACUAACAUGUAUGGCAUGCAAACAAUUUUAUGCUAUACAUUCAUUGUUUAA